AUGAAUCGACUUUUUCGUGUUAUUCCCACAGCGAGGGCACAUGUCGCUGCUUAUUCUACCCAAACAAUACGAAAUCCACACAUCUCAAAUGCCAUUCCUCUGCCAGUGGUUCAAGUUUCAGCUCCUGACUUUGCCUCCCAGCCUACUCACCUGCGACGCGUCCAUGGCAAUCUCCAGGCAAAUGGAGUAAUUCAAGUUCAGCUUCAGUUCAAAGAUGCCGAAAGUAACUAUUUGAAGAAUCUCAUAUCAAAUCUACACCAAUACCAUAACCACGGCCUGCCAAUCACCCACAGUGCCGAACGCGGCUGGUUUUGGGAUGUUCGACCUUCGCCCGCCAGUUUUCAACCUCAAGAACAUCAAGCUCGAUCCGAGACAAUGUCCCAGUUUGAAUGGCAUACUGAUUGCAGCUAUGAGGCAAAUCCACCGAGAUUUUUCGCGCUCCAGGUUCUUCAACCAGAUCGCUAUGGCGGUGGCACGCUAUCGGUGCUGAAUGUCGACCGACUGCUAACUCUGCUCUCGCCAUUUGCGCAAAAAUGGCUCUCCAGCAAUGAUUUUAAAAUUACGGUCCCUCCGGAGUUCAUCAAGAAUGAAUCGGAGCGGCAUAUCAUUGGGAAUUUACUUGUGGUCCCGCCUGGAGGCAAGUCUGGUAGUCAAUUGCGGUUCAGGGAGGACAUCACUGAGGCCUUGACUCCAAAUGCUGCCAAGGCAUUGGAUGAGUUGAAAUCCAUUCUAAAUGGAGGUGAAUCUCAAAAGGAAAUUCUCCACUUAAGCCCUGAGAGACUGCCGGAGGGAUCUGUCAUCAUGAUGGACAACCGACGGUGGUUGCACUCACGUAACGAAGUCAAAGACCCUAAUCGACACCUCCGAAGGGUCCGGUGGGAUGCGACGCCAUUUACUUCAGGAGAUCAUGAAGCAUGUUAG